AGCAAAUUUAGUUCACCAAAUGCAUACACACUCUGUCGAUUCUCUGACCCCAUCACCAAGUCACAUACCUACCACCACCCGUUCAGUGUAUUCGCCCUGGCAGAUUAUGAUCGUGGUAACAACCCUGGAGCCUAUCUCUUUCAUGGCAUCGGCAUUCUUGUGUUGAAACAUGGUGAGAGUGCACACUUACCUUGGAAAAAUAUAGAAAAAUGGGCUUCUCUGAACGACGCAUUGAAUAAGUACCUCAGCAGUCUUGCAGAUCUCCUAAUGCCAUCAAUUGUAGCUGCCAACGAAUCAGUUGCUAUACAAAUUGCCCAAGCGUUUGACUUUAUGGUCCGAGCCUCUUUAAUUUUUUGCGUACGAAUAUUCCCUCACCAUUGA